AUGGCCCUAAACCUCCUCCAAGCCAAUAUCAACCACUCCGCCAGAGCUCAGGACCUCCUGUUCCAGAGCAUGGCGGAGUGGAAGAUACAUGUGGCGGUGGUGGCCGAGCCCUACCGGGUCCCGUCUGGGGACGAAUGGGUAGGGGAUGCGGACGGCCUGGUGGCCCUUACGUCCCGGUCCGUCGCAGGCUCUCCGGCCUUCGCGGACGUGGUCCGAGGCCGAGGAUACGUGGCGGCCCUCGUCGGCGACAUCCUGGUGGUCGGGGUGUACUUCUCGCCGAAUCGGAGUCUCGCCGACUUCGAGAGAUUCCUCUCUGAGGUCGGCGUCCUGAUCGGCGGGAGUCGCUCCGCCCGGGUGCUCGUCGCCGGGGACCUAAACGCCAA